GCUGGGCUUUGGCCCAUGGGGUCCCGCCGGGCUUUGGCCCAUGGGGUCCUGCCUGGUCUUGGCCCACGGGGUCCUGCCGGGAUUUUGGCCCACGGGGUCCCGCUAGGCACAACCCGAAACAGCUACAUGGAGCCGCCCCCCUGCGGGCCCACCACCUGCAGGGCUAGGCAUCGGGGUCGGGUGCAGUGUGAGCCGGGCGGCAGAGAUCAGCUGCUGCUGCUGGAGUUACUGUCAGUCUCCUCAGACGGGUUCAGGUCUACAGACGGGUUCAGGUCUACAGACGGGUUCAGGUCUACAGACGGGUUCAGGUCUACAGACGGGUUCAGGUCUACAGACGGGUUCAGGUCUACAGAGAGUCUACAGACGGGUUCAGGUCUACAGACGGGUUCAGGUCUACAGACGGGUUCAGGUCUACAGACGGGUUCAGGACCACAGACGGGUUCAGGUCCACAGACGGGUUCAGGUCCACAGACGGGUUCAGGUCUACAGACGGGUUCAGGUCUACAGACGGGUUCAGGUCUACAGAGAGUCUACAGACGGGUUCAGGUCUACAGAGAGUCUACAGACGGGUUCAGGUCUACAGACGGGUUCAGGUCUACAGACGGGUUCAGGUCUACAGACGGUCUACAGACGGGUUCAGGUCUACAGACGGAUUCAGGUCUACAGAGAGUCCACAGACGGGUUCAGGUCUACAGACGGGUUCAGGUCUACAGACGGGUUCAGGUCUACAGAGAGCUGCUGAUGAAGAUGAAGAUGAUGAAGAUGAUCGUGGUCCUCGUCCUCUCUGGUGUCCUCUGUGUCUCAGCAGAAGGUCUACAUCAGGACAUUGCUAUCACCGGCUGUUCAGACGUUGAUGGAGAGAAGAUGUUUGGACUGGAUGGUGAAGAGGUCUGGUACGCAGACUUCAAGAACAACAGAGCAGUCGAGCCUCAGCCCAGUUUUGUAGAUCAUAUGAGCUACCAAGAAGGAACUUUCGAAUCUGCUAAGGCUAAUCUACAGAUCUGCAGAUCAAACCUUCAAAUUGAUCGUAGAGCCUUCAAGGACUUCCCCCAGGAGAAGGAUGCUCCGUCCAGUCCGAUCGUCUACACCAAAGACGACGUGGAUCUGGGACAGGAGAACAUCCUCAUCUGUCAUGUGACUGGGUUCUUUCCUGCUCCUGUUAACGUCUCCUGGACAAAGAACGGAGAGAAGGUCACCGUAGGAACCAGCAUCAAUGUUCCCUUCCCCAACAAAGACGGAACCUUCAACCAGUUCUCCACACUGAAGUUCACCCCACAGCUGGGAGACAUCUACAGCUGUGAGGUGGAACAUCUGGCCCUGGAGCAACCACUGACCAGAAUCUGGGAUGUGGAGGUGAAGCUGAAUGUUUUCUGUCUCCAGAUGUGGAGGAGUGAUUCGUGUCUCUGUGUGUUUUCUGUGUCCAGAUGUGGAGAAGCCUCAGCCCGGUAUUGGACCAUCAGUGUUCUGUGGACUGGGUCUGACGGUGGGUCUGCUCGGUGUGGCUGCUGGAACCUUCUUCCUCAUCAAAGGAAACGAGUGCAGCUGAUUGGUUGGGGCUGAUGAUGUCAUCACAUGCAUUCUGUAUUAUGUAAUCCAGCUUUAACUGAUCCUGUUCCUUCUCAUCUCUCUGAUUCUGUAAUGUUGGAUGAAGUUAUGGUUAAUAACGGCAUGCUCUUACUCUGAAAUGAAGGCAACAUGUGUAUAGUUGAAACCAUGAUGAGCUCUCCGUUGAUUGGUUGAUAUGGUUUUCAUGUAGACUGUUUGGUAACUCGUAGUCCCUUUACAAACUGAGGAAACGAACCCCGACCCAUCUGACCCGGCACCAAUGAGCUGCACCAAUCCUUCACCGUGGUCUCCAUCUCUGUCUAAACACAUCCUACUCUUCAUUGUGAACAUGUCAUUGUGAUAUUAGCACCACUGCAUUCUGAAGCCUUCUUAAAUCCAAUUUAAAGGUCAGUUCUUUUGUCUGCUUCAUCAACAGUUCAGCUCUGUAAAUCACUUCCUGUGUUCUCUGAUAAAGAUCUCAAGCCAAAA